CGCUUUGAGUUUUUCCAUUUGUCGAUUACAUCUCAUUUGCAAAUUGUCAAUUGUGUCUUUUUCCAUAAUAUAUCCAUCAAACAAAUCGUUGCGACUCCAGUACUCUUUAUUUUUGGGCCAUGACUGAUAAUCCCUACUUGUCACCAAGUAAUGCCGAUAUAGGUUCUGUUGAUUCCAUCAAUCGUUCAAGUUCCCCUUCUAAUGUCAACUUACCUUCUUUGAAAUAUGCAACUUUAUCAGUCGAGCAAACCAUAAAAGAUUACAAUUCUGAUCCGAUUAGUGGUUUAUCAUCUUCUUCUCAGAUCUCUUAUUUGCAAUCUAUUUAUGGAGUUAAUGAUAUAUCUAAUCCCUCGGGUAGUGAAGAUGAAGAUAUUGAUUCAAAUAUUGGUGUUAAUGGAAAUAAUAAUAAUAAUGUUAUUAAUGGUAUGAAUAAAAGUAACAGAAAAAAGAAAAAAAAAAUUGUAAUCCCUCCCAUAUUAUUAAAGUUUUUAAAUCAGUUUGUUGAAGAUAAACUCAUUUUAUUAUUGAUAUGUUCCUCUCUAAUAUCUCUUGCAAUGGGCAACUACCACGACUCGAUAUCUAUUUUUCUAGCUAUUAUAAUAGUAAUAACUGUUGGUUUUAUUCAAGAAUUUAAAAGUGAAAAUAGUUUAAAAGAAUUGAAUAAACUAAUUCCAAGCUACUGCAAUUUGAAAAGAAAUAACGUCAAUAAAAGAAUCUUAGCUAAUAAUCUUGUUCCGGGUGAUUUAGUUUUUUUCAGUCAAGGUGAUAGAAUUCCUGCCGAUAUACGAAUUAUAAACUCUGUUGAUUUAUUGAUUGAUGAAUCAAACUUAACUGGGGAAAAUAAACCCUUAAAGAAGGAUUCUUCAACAAUUCUGGCCAACUCUCCUUCCUCAUCUAUUCCAAUAAACAAAAGAUCGAAUAUAGCUUAUAUGGGUACUUUAGUUACACAAGGUCAUGGUUCAGGUAUUGUUGUUGCAAUUGGUUAUAAAACCGUUUUUGGUCACAUUUGUAAGCUAAUGGGAAAUAUCGAAAAACCAAGAACUCCAAUGCAAAAUUUAAUGGAUAACUUGGGUAAUCAGUUAACCUAUUAUAGUUUUAUUAUAAUAUCAAUCAUUUAUUUGAUUGGUAUUAUUCAAGGCAAGAAUUGGUUAGAUAUGUUUCAAAUUUCGGUUUCAUUAGCAGUGGCUGCUAUUCCAGAAGGUUUACCAAUAAUUGUCACUGUUACUUUAGCCUUGGGUGUUUUGAGAAUGGCCAAUCAAAAGGCUAUAGUCAAAAGACUAAAUAGUGUUGAAACUUUGGGUUCUGUUAAUGUUAUUUGUACCGAUAAAACUGGAACCUUAACUCAAAAUCAAAUGACAAUCACUAAAAUUUGGUCUCCAGACAUGUUCAACGACUAUAUUGAUAUUUAUCCCAAAACUAGUCAUAGUCAUAGUCAUAGUCAUAACCAUGGUACGAAUAACAGCUAUUAUAACAAAUACUAUAACAAUCACAUUGAUAUUCAAAAGUUAAUUCAAAUUGCUAAUAUUUGCAACAAUUCCAAAUACUCAAAGGAAAUUGAUGCGUUUGUUGGUAACCCUACUGAUAUUGCUUUAAUUAAUAUUAUCAACCAAUUUACCUCCUCAAACAACUCUUUUAAUGAUUUAAGAGAUUCUGUUAUUAAGUUGAAUGAAUUAUCUUUUAAUUCAACCAGAAAAUUCCAGGCCAUUUCUUUUAAGAAUUAUUCUGAUAGUUGCAUAUCUUCAAACAACCCUGAUCAACCGAUAACAUAUAUUAAAGGUGCCAUUGAAAAAAUCUUAUCCUAUUCCAAGUUUUAUUUAACCAAAAAUGGAGAAAUCAAAAAAUUAACUCCUGACGCUAUUUUUCAAAUUAAUAAAAUGUCAAAUAAUUUGCAAAACAAUGGUCUUCGAGUGAUUGCAUUGGCCUUUAAGGAUAAUUUAAACUUUAAAGCUGAAUCAGAUAUAAUUUCAAAUGACUUUGUUUUUGUUGGGUUUGUUGGUAUGAACGAUCCGCCAAAAAAAAAUGUUUCAAGUUGUAUUUCUAAAUUCAUAUCUGGUGGUGUUCAUGUUAUAAUGAUAACUGGUGAUAGUGAAAUCACUGCCUACAAUAUAGCUAAGCAAAUAGGGAUGCCCUUGAUUAAUCCAGAAACAAGUAUAUUGACAGGUGAUAAAUUAGAUCAUUUAAACGAGUUUGAAUUAUCGCGGAUUAUCAAUCAUGUUUCAAUUUUUGCCAGAACAACUCCUCAGCAUAAGGUAAAAAUUGUAAAGGCUUUACAAAAGAGAGGUGAUAUUGUUGCUAUGACAGGUGAUGGUGUUAAUGAUGCUCCUGCUCUAAAAUUAGCAGAUAUUGGUAUUGCCAUGGGCAAAAAUGGCACAGAUGUAGCUAAGGAAGCUGCAGACAUGAUUCUAGUUAAUGAUGAAUUUAACACCAUUUUAAAAGCGAUUGAAGAAGGUAAAGCUAUUUUCCAAAACAUCCAAAAUUUUCUUUGUUUUCAAUUGUCUACAUCUAUUGCUGCAUUGGGUUUGAUUUCCAUUACAACAUUGUUCAAUUUGCCCAAUCCUUUGAAUCCAAUGAUGAUUCUUUUUAUUAACAUUAUUAUGGACGGUCCUCCCGCUCAGUCAUUAGGUGUUGAAGAAGUUGAUAAAGAUAUAAUGAAUCAGCCCCCUAGGAAGAAGAACGAUAAUGUUAUUAUUACGGGAUAUAUUUUUAAGCGUAUUUUGCUAAAAUCAUUUAUAACAAUUUUGGGGACCUUAUUUAUCUACUACAAAGAGAUGUCGUUUGAUUUGGAAUUUAGCAAAAGAGAUACAACAAUGACAUUUACCACGUUUAUUUUGUUUGAUCUUUGGAAUGCAUUAGGUUGCAAACAUUCAAAGAAAUCAAUUUUCAAAAUUGGGUUUUUCAAAAAUAAAUUUUUCAAUUUAUCGAUUAUUUCUGUAUUAUCUGCCAACUUAUUGAUUAUUUAUUUGCCGUUGUUACAAAAUAUAUUUCAAACAGAAUCUUUGUUGAUCAACGACUUGGUUUUGAUUGUUUCAAUAACUUCAUCAGUUUUUAUUGGUGAUGAAAUUUACAAAUAUUUCAAUAAGCAAAAUGAUUUAUAUUCAAAAUAUAACAUUGUAUAAAUAUAAAUACUCCAAAUAAACAUAAAAAUUCAAUUUUCAGUUUCUGAUUUUUU